AUGUCCUGGAAGUUGUUCUUCAUUGUAUACUUGCUUGGAGGUUUGACUUUCCUUCCUGGUCUAUGUGCGUUACUGGUAUACAUUCAUUUACAAUUGGAGAAACUGAAAGAGUUAGCUGAAAAGAAUGCUAGGAAUGAACUCCUCUGUAAAGAUGUCGAUCCUAAUUUGAAAGCUGGCGAAGUAUUGGAUCCCAUUGGUGUGAACGUAUCCAAGAGGGGAUGGAUUACUGUUACUAAGGAGUACUACUACCAUCACACCGAGUUGCAGACUCCACCAAUUGCCUCGGAGACUGCAAAACAGGAUAGUAAUAAUACACCUCCUAAGGAUUUGAAUGAAAGUCAAAUUCCUCAGAGAUCUCAAUUGCGUAAAAGGCAUAAAUUUUAUGGUGUUUUGAAGCAUGGAAAUUUGUUUCUUUACAAGGAUGAUUCUCCACACAGUGAUUUGGUUCAUGCCAUCUCUCUACAAAAGAGUUUCGUAACUAUGUGGCCUAGGGAUCCUAAAAAGGAAAUGUCAGAUUCAUCUCUAUUCACCAAGAGAACUUGCAUCUCUAUUUUGAAAACAGGUUUAGUUUCUAUUGAUGAAGAAGGUAAACUUGUGUUUAAUCCCUCCAUCAACGCUAUACAAUCGGGAGAAGAAGAUGGUAAGCAAUCUAGCCAGCAAAGUUCUUCAAAUUUGAGUUCAAAUACGUAUUUCUUGUACUUCGAUAAUAACUCUGAAAAGGAAGACUGGUAUUUCAAACUGAUUGAUUCUUCUAAAUCAAAUGAUGAAAAGAACAACAAUGAGGAUCCUCUUUCUCCAAAUACAUCGGCUAAAACUGCUCAUUUAAACACAAGAGAUAUGCUGUAUCUGAUUCAAUCCUUGAAUUCAACAGAGGGACAGUUGACAACCAAAUGGUUCAACGCCCUGAUUGGGAGACUUUUCUUAGCUCUACAACAGACAAAUAAAUUGAAUGAGGUUCUAUAUGCUAAAAUCUACAAGAAAUUGACAAAUAUAAAUAAGCCAGGGUUUCUAGAUGACUUGGUUGUAAAAAAAGUCGACGUUGGUACUAGUGCUCCAAUGAUAACACAUCCUGAAUUGCGUGAACUGACUCCAGAGGGCGAAAUGAAGAUUGCAAUGAAUCUACGGUAUACAGGAAAUAUCUCUGUAAUCAUUACAACGAAUAUUGGAAUUAACCUCGGUUCUCAUUUCAAGCAGAGAGAAGUAUCUGUUCAGUUAUCCAUUACCUUGAAAGAAUUGUCAGGGCCGCUUCUAAUUAUUAUGAAGCCUCCUCCUUCUAAUAGAAUCUGGUACGGUUUCGAAACCGAUCCUUACAUGAAUUUGGAUAUCGAGCCAAUGGUUAGUUCCAGUAAAAUUUCUUAUAAUAUGGUUACUAAUAUGAUUAAGGGUAAAUUUGCUGAAGCUAUCAAAGAGUCUCUAGUCAUGCCUUUCAUGGAUGAUAUAGUUUUCUAUGAUACAGAUCAUGAUGUGUUUAGAGGUGGUGUUUGGGAUAGGUCUGAAUUUAGUAAACCAUUGUUGGAUAUGUUACGUAAACAAAGUUCAGCUGAAGAGAAAUCCAUUCAUAGUAACGAUGAUAUUAAGGAGCAUGAAACUGAAAAUAAUAAUAAAGAUGAUGAAAGAGAAUAUGAAAUUACCAAAACUUCCGAUACCGGAAUUCUAAAUAAGAUGGGUAAUGUAAAAAAUACGUUGCUGAACAAAGCAAAUAAACAAGGGAGUGAAGAAAGCUUGGAAAAAGGUGAUGAUUUCAAUGAUACUGACAGUUUGACAGAUUCUUCUAUCAAACCUAAAAAGUAUAUAAAAAAUUCAAUCAAAAAGAUUGGAAAAUGGUACAAAGACAAUAUCAACUCUAAUGACGAGGAAUUUGAUGGUAAUAUUAAUGAAACUGAACCGGAGCAGAGAAGAGUUUCUCUGGAUAGCGGCAAGUCAGUACAAUCUCCAACAAUGAUAUCUAAUCGUAGAAUGCGUGGUAAGAGACCUGAGCCACCUUUCAUUGGUGCAGAACCCGGGUCACCUACAACAGUAACAACAGAAAAGCAGACUUCACAAAAAUCUCCUAUCAUUAAUGCAACGGCAAUGUUUGCAAAUAGGAAUACAGAGUUAUCAGUGCGUGGACGGUCUUCUAUUUCAGAAGGUGUAAAUGAUGAACAAGGCCAGCCUCAUGGUUUUAUAAAGAUGCCAACGACUAAUGAGUUUGGCGGUCAGUUAUUUGAAGAGAAUAUAAGAACUUUUAAUGGUAGCCAGGUCACAUCCCCUCAAAGCACACAGGGAGAAUUUUCUUAA